GAGCAGAGCGUGCGCGGCGGUGGUAAUGGCUGCCAGGGAGAGUGAGGAAGACAACAAAUGAACCCCUGCGAGAAGAUUUAAAGUGAGGAAUAGGAUGGUAAGCAGCCAGCCAAAGUACGAGCUGAUCCAGGAGGUGGGGCGUGGCAGCUACGGUGUGGUCUAUGAGGCGGUGGUGAAGAGAACGGGUGCCCGGGUGGCGGUGAAGAAGAUCCGCUGCCACUCUCCGGAGAACGUUGAACUCGCCCUGCGGGAGUUCUGGGCCCUCAGCAGCAUCCAGAGCCAGCAUCCGAACGUCAUCCACCUGGAGGAGUGUGUCCUACAGCGGGACCAGCUCGCCCAGAGGAUGAGCCACGGCUCCAACUCCCCUCUAUACCUGGAGCUGGUGGAGACUUCUUUGAAAGGCGAGAUCACAUUCGACCCAUGCUGUGCCUACUACUUGUGGUUCGUCAUGGACUUCUGCGACGGAGGUGACAUGAACGCCUACCUCUUGUCCCGCAAGCCCAGCCGCAAGACCAACACCAGCUUCAUGCUCCAGCUGGGCAGCGCCCUGGCCUUCCUGCACCGCAAUCAGAUCAUCCACCGCGACCUCAAACCAGACAACAUCCUCAUCUCCCAGGGCUGCACGCCGGCCGGCUCCCCUGAACCCACCCUCAAAGUGGCCGACUUCGGACUGAGCAAAGUCUGCUCCACCUCUGGGCUCAACCCCGAGGAGCCGGCCAGCGUCAACAAGUGCUUCCUGUCCACAGCGUGCGGCACAGACUUCUACAUGGCUCCUGAGGUGUGGGAGGGCCACUACACGGCCAAGGCAGAUAUCUUCGCCCUGGGGGUGAUCAUCUGGGCCAUGGUGGAACGCAUCACCUUUGUGGACGUGGAGACGCAGAAGGAGCUGCUGGGGAGCUACGUGCAGCAGGGCUCAGAGAUUGUACCCUUAGGGGAGGCCCUUUUGGAGAACCCCAAGAUGGAGCUGCUGAUCCCUGCCAGGAAAAAGAGCAUGAACGCCCACAUGAAGCAGCUGAUCAGGGAGAUGCUGUCGGCCAACCCUCAGGAAAGGCCUGACGCCUUUGAACUGGAACUCAGACUGGUUCGUAUCGCUUGCAGAGAGCUCGACUGGGACACGUGAUGGAUGACCAAACGGCACCGAUAGACUCAGCCAAUCAAGCACAUGUACACAUCUUAUCAGCUACUGUUAACCUCAGUUGUCACAUAAUGGGGGAUUAAUUUUUUUUUUUUUUUUUUUUUUAACAAGGGAACAAUAGUUAGACUUAGUCAUUGUUCUGUAGCAUGGCUUAGACAUUGUCCACCAGCCCUCGGAUGUAUUCUCUGGAAAAGGCUUGUCAUCACUAUCAGACAGGUUGUCCGGGCGCACACCUAGUAGCUGUGUCUUUAUACCGAAGGGGAGAGGUGUUGUGAGACCCACCGCUGCUGCUUGAAUCUGCAGUUUAGUCUCAGGCUAAUCACAUCACGGCUUCCGCUUCCCCGUUGCAGGAGUCCUUCUAGCAUAAUGGAGGAGCCAAAUGGCCCCGGAAAACCUGCCGACAGUUUGAUAUCACAUAUUUUGUAGCAGGUCGACACUGAUGUCCUCGUGUGUCUUUUUCACAGUCAAAGGAUGUUUGUCUACAAAUAACAUCUUCAACUCGGUGCUAAUUGUAUUUCCAAUGCAAUACGAGACGGUAUCCUGUGAUCAUUACCAGUGUAGAUCUAUUCAACAGGGCCAAUAUAAACACACACACACCUCAACAUGCAGAAUGUUUUUGUGGCCUUGACAGGGCCUGGGGAAAUUUCCUGCAACUUGAUUAGGAACAGCCUGGUACCUUACCACCAGCAUCAAUACAUUUCCAUGUGGUUACCUUUUUGCGUAAACAUUUUUGAGGAUUUUGCAUAAACAUCUGCUUUAUUCAGUCUGGUGAUGCCUUGGCAUAAUACAGACAUGCCCUAAAUACUCAGGUAAAAAAAAUAAAAAGAAACAGCUUCAUGGAAUUUGUAGACAAACAUCUACUUCACGAGUGAAAUUUGAUUAGCGGUCCUGGCUCUGUGCAGUCUGUUGGGGGAAGAAAUGCCAAACUUUGGUGCUUGCAGAUCAGCUUUUCUCCCCAAUUUGAGGACUGCUCAGUCACGUUUUGUGGGUGGGGGACAGUUACCAACAAGUGUCCAGCUAGCAGGUGCUUGCAGUUUCCCUCUUUCUGCCCAUUACAGGCUCCAAGCCAAAUUCAUUGGAAUUGGGUCAGCCAUUAACAAGUUUAAGAGAAUGUAUUUAACGAUCCAGUCAAGUCACCUUUAUUUAUUUUGCGCCUUAAACAUGAAAACAUUAAAUUACAAAACAGCGCUUCACAAGGUUAAAAGAAGGAGCAAACGGAACAAGCUUAACAGACAAAAAAAGACCAAGCACAUUACACAAACGCAAACUCAAAAGAAUUUGAGGAAUGAGUGUUUGGGGAUAUAAUUAGUCCUCAAUUCUUAAAAAAAGCCAAGGCAACAAGCUGCUUACUCUUAACACAGAGAAAUCCCUGUGUUGCCUAAACAUAGAUAUAAUUAGCUGGAGAGUGUGCUGCUUGUGUUAUAAGAGCUUUGACUUGAAUUUUCACCGUUGACGGUCCAUUUCGACAGAGACCUGCAUGAGUGAAAGGGGUGAGGAUUUCAGUGAAAUCAACUGAAAGCACUUUUUUUGUUGUUUAUAUUUCUUCCUCAUAACUAACUACCCAUCAUAUUGAGAAGCUUUGCGAGGCUGUACCCAGUGUGAUAACUGCAAAUGCUGUUUGUUUACCGGGCAAAACACACACUGUCAACCAACAGUCUACUUAUGCAUGCAAUGCCUCUCACCUUCAGGGAAGAAGCUAGAGAAGACACCAGCACACCCAAUCCUCCGUGAGCCAGAGGACCUCUAUUUUUUUUUUUUUUUUUUUUUUUUGACAUAUAAUACUGUUGUGUUUAACUUGAUCUCCUCUCACUGUGUCAGCGCUCCCCAUUUCCUUUGGCUCUGGAUCUUACCAGUAAUCCCUUUCUCCAUGCUUCCGACAGGCUAAUUCUAAGCCUAUUAAGUUGUUGCAGUAGUUGGCAGAGAAUCACGCUCGGGACCCCUUUUGCCUUCCAGGUCAUAAUUUGUGCACUUUUACAGAUUUUUGUAUGAAUCUGUAAAAAA